AUGCGCCGCUUCGUUGUCGAUCUCCUUCCAUGGAAGAGCUUGCAUGACGUGCGCGACAUCGUUGAUACCAUUUACAACACCUCCUUGAAUAUCUUCGAGUCAAAGGAAAGGGCGUUGUUGGACGGGGAUGAAGCUGUUGCAAGGCAGGUCGGGGAAGGAAAGGAUAUAUUGAGCAAUCUAAUGAGAGCCAAUAUGGACGCAUCGGAGGAAGAUAAACUUGACGAAUCCGGACUUGUUGCGCAAGUCGUACACGACGUCAAGCGCUAUAUCCCGCACGCUGCAUUUACUAGCGCAGCACAUAUAAAUUCAAAGAAGUCACGUCAUGAGAUCACUGAAACCCGUACUAAGACUGGGAGUCUUGCUUACGACGAACUGGUUGCACUCCCAUAUCUCGAUACUGUAUGCAGAGAAACUCUUCGCCUUUAUCCACCGGUAUCGUAUCUCUCCAGGAGGACACGCGAAAACAUCAUUAUGCCUCUCUCGAAACCUUUGAGAGGUCUCGACGGAGAGGACGUGCAUGAAAUUCUGGUCCCAAACAACACAAACAUCAUUAUAUCGACAAUCGCUGCCAAUCGGAACACAGAAGUAUGGGGCUCUGAUUCGCUUCAAUGGAUCCCGGAGAGGUGGCUUGCUCCUCUUCCUUCGUCCGUAACGAACGCGCAUGUCCCCGGAGAUGUCAUUUUUGGGUGGAAGUCGAGCUUGCAUCGGCUUCAAAUUUCUCAACUUGAAAUGAAGGUCGUAUUGUCACUCUUGAUCAAGUCUUUCUGCUUUGCUCCCUCUAACAAGGAGAUAUACUGGCAAAUGACGACUAUUGGAACGCCGACCAUAGUUGGCGAAGAUGGUAUGUAG